ACCAGUGUGGCCAACCUAGCAGUCCAAAAAUCCUGUUUAUAUUAGGCCCGGUUAUGAAAUGGCGGAUGGUGUUUUAUUGUCAAAGACCGAGUGCUUUUAAACAAAAAGACUAAGACUGUUGUCGCCUCCUAGCAUUUUGUAAAUGAAUGGCAACGAGUCCUGUUGUGACCCGAACGCGCACCAAAAUAUGGGGUGAAUGCUCGCCUGAAAAUUCGGUCGUAUUUCACACACAAGUCGAAAAAAUCGACUCAAGUAAACUUUAAUGUCCUCAACUGUUCGGUUACGUGAUGGAAAUAGACGUUACACCCGAGGCGAGUGACGGUGCUUCGAGUCAAGGCGAGGAAGAAAAUGCCGAAAAAGUGGUGUCAGAAAAAGCGGCCCCCGAGCCCACGAAGAAGGCCAUCAAGCUCGCGCUGCGACAGCAGGCCAAACGCAGGAAAAAGAACACGACGAUUGCAUCGGGAAACAGUUCGACGGUUCCUCGUAUAAUAGUCAAACCGUUGCCUCCGCAGCCCCCCGAGGAGACGCCCCCAGCCAAAGCCCCUACGAUGCGGGAAGUCCUAGCGUCGAUUCCCGGCUUCACUAUGAAACCCAGACGACGCACUAACAAGAAACUUUCAACUGCAGCGCAAUUGGAACAAACCAAAGAGGGCUGCAUCGAUUUGGAGACUCCUGACUCGAUCCUUGUCAACACAAACCUGCGAUUACUACUCAACAAAGCGACUUUUGCCUCUCUACCACUUCUGUACCAAAACAAACUAGUGCAAUUAUUACCAGACGUUGAUCGAAAUAAUAGUGUAACAAAUUCGACGGAUUCGCUCGAACUUAGCAAUUCCGGACUCAAUAACGAGUUUUUUGCACGGGCUUGUGUCGAAUGGCAAGAUCGGCUCGCCGAAGGCGAAUUCACACCAGAAAACCAACAAAAAUUGAAAUUGGAAGCUGACAAAGAACGUAGUAAAUUAGAUCCCUGGAAAUUGAAACAUUUCGAACCGAUUUGGGGCGACAGGAGUCAAACUGAGCCGCCUCAAAACUUCAACACACCCCUGGCAUCAAGACCGCCAAUCAAAACCACGAUCAAAUUACGACCCACAACAACAGUCACCAAUAAAGCAAAAGCAGCGCCACCUAUCAAACGACUACGAACCGUCGGAGCGAUGACUAGAUCGUGCACAAGUUUGAAAGAAUCCGAAAUAUCGAAUCAAGAACCGAUCAAGACACCAAUCCCCGAUUUGUUACCGAUCAAAUCGAUCCGAAACCAAACGCCUAAAGACACCAGCGAAACCCAAGCCGAAAAACAAGAAAACUGUAUAAUCAACAUUAGUAAAACGAUUCUUCAAACCGACGAAGAGACAAUCAUUUGUAGUAACAAUAACAAGCGUCGGAGAUCGCUUAGUCACGAAUCCAUCGAUUCAAAGCGCCAAUCGCUUGACGAUAAAGUUACAGAACCCUGUAAUACCGACCCUGAUUCCGUCGACAGCUCGAUCGUGCUGUCUGAAAGCGACACCAAAGACGAGGAGGAGCCUUCGACCGAUGAAAAGGUCGAAGACGAGGAGCCAAAAACUGAGCCUAAGAUCGACGAAGAGGAGGAGGAGGAAAACCCCGCACCAAACUUAAUCGAGGACUCGUUUCCGAUUCUUCCCAAUUCGUUGAUUUUGCAGCAGGAGUCGAUCGUGUUGGAGAAGACGCUGUGCGACGCCGGGAUGUGUCUGGAGGACUCGGCGGAGAAGCUCGAGGCGAGUGUGGAGGAGUCCGAUUUAGUGAUGGCGCAGUUGACCGAAAGCAAUUUCGAAAGCGUGAGGAAUAUCGCUGAUGAUGAUGCGAAUGAGGAUAGGUUUAUCGAUGCGGAGAAUUAUGUGCUAGAGUCGGGACAGAUUACGGUCCAGGAGGCCGAUAAGGAAAAGGAGAGGACUGAGGUGGAUAUAGAGGCGACGUUGUUUGGGAACGACACAGCGCAAGCGCCAACAGAAGGCUGCUGUUGGGAUUUAGUCGAUUCGAGCACCGAGAAACUUCUAGAAGUGCCUUUGCACGCGUUAGAGUCUGUUCCUGCCGGCAUCGUCGGUCAGGAGAAUCCCACCGAACACGUCGAAGUGAUUCCGAUGCAAGAAGAACUCGAAGUGAGACUAGAACAAGGAAAUUUCCCUGUUCCAAACGAUUGGCCUUACGAUGUGAAAAUGGAUUCGGAAAUGGUGGCAGCGGCUUUGGGAACCACUGACAAUGAUAACGCCACCAACGCCACCACCACCUCCAAUAACAAACCGAACCAAAACUAUCAGGAAUUCACCGGAAAUCAAGUCAAACUCGAGCUGGAAGUGACUCUAACACCGGAAAUUAUUAGUAACGAUAGUCUCAUAACAAGUACAGUCAGUUCGAGCAAUGGAACGAAUUCGACUGUCACGCCCUCUGUUAGUAAGACAGUAACGACUGUGAUUCCGCCAACUACCAUCGUUUGUUUGCCUUCGGUUGUCAGUACUUCGUCUCUGGUGAAUCCCCCAGUUAAUGAAACGCAAUGUCCUACUUUACCGAGGCCUGGAAUGGUACAAAGUUCGAGUGCUUUACCUUAUCUGGCAUUGAGUACGAGUCAACCAAUCAGGGCUGUACCGGCACACACCAAAUCAAAACCGAAGAAUUCGCAAAGUAGUGGUUCGAAUCGAAAUAGAGGGAGCAACAAACCGCCACCGGGGGCUGUCAAUUUAGAAAGGAGUUAUCAGAUUUGUCAAGCUGUCAUUCAGAAUAGUCCCAAUAGGGAUCAGCUCAGGUGUCAGUUGAAGCCACCCCCAUCUCUUCUUGCCGCCGCCGCAGGUAACAACAACGUGAAAAAGAACGAAAACAAUAGACAAACUCAGUACAGUUCAGUGACUUCGUCUCGAGGUUCAACUAAGACGUUUACGCCCCCAUUGCCUGCCAGUGGUAACUUCCAAAUGGUGCAAAAUAAUGGCGUUAAAAACGUAGGACAGAAGGCGAGGUCAGUUCCUUAUCAACAACAGAGGCAACCAAGUCCACCUGUGGUGGUGCGACACGUCUUCACAUCAGGACAGGGAAUUCCUGUCACUAUGGCUGUGCUUCCACAACCUCCUGCCUUAAGUCCAGAAGUGGUUGAAGCCCCGAAUCCGAUGGGCGCCGUCGGCCAAUACAUCCUCGUGCAGCGCGCUGGCGUCGGCGACCACCACAACAUCCCCCGUUCGUCCAGCGCACCCCCAUCCCACCAGCAGCAGCUCCCGACGCCGAUCAACACUGGUGGCGUCUCGCAGAUAGUUUCAGUGGGUACAGCGCGCGGUCGUCCGGCCAGUGUCGACGCGGACCAUCCGAUCCUUCAACAGCAGCCACCGCCCCAGCCGCCACAAUCGAACGACUUUAUUGUUCAGUGUCCGAAUCCGGGCACUCAAGCGGUCACGCGCAGACAGAGACUGCCUUCCGGUGUAGUGUACGGCGACGUAAGCGUUGAGAAUCAAAUGCAUAAUUAUACGAUCAUUGGCGGCGAGAUGGUUGACCAUCCGGGGGCGGCGAUGCAGCCGAUGCAAAUGAUGCCGAAGCGGACGACGGACAAUUGCGCGUGCAGUCUGAAAGCGAUGGUCGUAUGUAAAAAGUGCGGAGCGUUCUGUCACGACGACUGUAUUGGACCGAAUAGACUUUGUCGUACGUGUUUUAUACGGUAGGUUGGAUUGUGUGAGAGAUUAUUUGUUGGUAACGGUCAAUCAGGGUAAAAGCGUAGAUAACAGGUCGCACUCAAGAUACAUAGAAGUUUAUGGUACGUCAACUUAACGUCAAAACGAGAGUACGAAAGCAGCAUAGAAUAUGAAAGCAAUCAAAUUAAAUUGAAACAGACGGCACCACGGUAGGCGAAGGACUAUCAGUUUUGUUGACGAUGCUGUCAGCAUUCUCAAGCAAAGUAAAAUUUACAAUAAAGAAGCUUAAAUUGAUAAGAAAAUAACUUGAAAAACGUUAAUUUUCUGAGUGUUGAAGGUAUUAGACUUUCUUGACCAGUCAUCUUAAUAGGGAAAAUUCUGUAAAACUCAGCGGCAAAAAGUCUACCAUUCUUUCACGUUACCAACUUACCUUAUAGAAGAAUAGUGUUGAAGUUUCAGGCACAAAAUAGUUCAGACAAGGUUUAUAGCAGCACAAAUUUAUUAUCUAUCUCUCCCUAGUACGGCCCCUACGGGGAUGACAGGUCAAGAAAGACUUGAUACCCCCAAGAGGCUCAGUAAAUUAACGUUUUCCAAGUUAUUUUCUUAUCAAUUUAAGCAUCUUUUUUGUAAAUUUUACUUUUGCAUGAAAAUGUUGACAGCACUGUCAACCGUGGCCGACGAAAAUGACAUUUCGCUUCACUCAUGUGGCCGUUUCACUGGACAUGAAAUUCUGAUUCAGAUCAGAAGGCCUUGAAGCGGCCGGCAUGUAGAGCCCUCUACAGGCAGAAUAGCAGAAUAAAACCGCGAAAUUCGAAAAAUUUCACCGUUACUUAGUUACUUUUAAAUAAUAUACAUUUGAAGGGGCAUUGUUGUGACUGUUCAGCUCUUGACACUUUUCAAGCACUUUUCUUAAUUUAAUAAUCUCGCUCUGAGUUGUUUUUUUCGUUGUUUCUUGCAAUUGUGUUUUUUCUUAGAUUUGGUUCAAUGGUUAAACGUAAGUGUUUCGCCUGGAGUAACCCGAAUAAAUCUUUGUUUAAAAUCUCAAGCAAUAGUUAGGUUAUUACUUAGUAGAAACAACCAAUAUACGAGGGGAGUUCAAAUAUAAACCGGAAUUUGUUCAUAAUUUUUUAUUGAAACAAAAUUUUAACAAAACUUUUUAGAGUUUUAAAACUACCAAAGGAAUGGCGUAUGCGCAGGGAGGUAGAGGAAGAAUAUGUGAAAAAGUUGUUUGAAAUUAAAAUUCCAGUUUAUUUUUGAACUCCCUAGGUAUUUUAAUGUAUUUUUUCUUUUAAUCAAAAGCUUAAAAGAUUACGUGUAAUACUAAACUUUGCGUAAACCAUUUUCACAGCAAAUUAUUGACCACUUAUGUCUUUUUUUCUGUUUUACUCAUUGCAGUAAGCGUUGUACGUAUUAAGUAUCUUAGGCCAUCACAUCAGUCACUGGAAAAGCUCAUUAUUAUUAUAGCUUCUCGGGGUGUGAUUCUACGUACUCUUUAUCGUAUUGGGAUUCAAUUAGACAUUUCCAAAAGAACAAAUUUAACUUCUAUUGCUGAAAAACUUCUUUGGAAGCUAUUUUAACUCACCAUCUUGGUCUUAACGCAUAUAUGAGCAAAUUAUUUAAUUUUUUUAACAGAUAACAUUUGGUAUGACGACGAAAUCACAACGCUUUACAGCUAAAAUUUGAAACUCAAACGAGGGUAGAGGUCGUAAUCUGCCGUGCAAUUGGAAAUGUCAAAUAGAAUCAAUUUCACGAUGGAAACUAGGCUUAGUGGCACGGCCAAAUGAGUGAAGCGAAAUGUCAUUUUCGUGGGCCACGCUGUCAACGAAACUGUGGUGCCAUCUGAUUCAACUUAAUUUAACAGCUUUCGUGCUCUCGACUUUGGCGGCGUUUUUACGUUAAGUUGACGUACAUACCAUACACUUUUAUGUAUCUUGGUCGCACUCAAGACCAUUUGUUUGGGGUUUGUGAUAUUUUUCUCAUAGCGUGUAUAUUUAGUUUUAUUUAAUUUGAUUACUGAUUUUAUUUUCAAAAAAUUAUUUCCAAGACGUACGUACUUUAAGCAGAAAUGCAAAAAUAGUUAUUUAUUAUAUGAGCAGAUAAAGUUUGUGUUUAAGGGCGGUGCCUCGUAACGAAAACUAAAUGAACUUGUUUAACCAACAGAUGUCUAGCAAGAGCUCGUAUUCCAAGGAAAAUGAUAUAAAGGAUAGCACUUGUGAAACAACACUGCGACAAAAAAUUAUCAAGGCUUUUGCCAUUUUAUUCGAAAUCGAGUCGAUUGUAAAUCGCUAUCUGGGGCCUGUUUCAUAAAAAUUUAUAAGUUGAUUUCUAUAAGUCACAAGUUUACUACAGUGGAACUCGAUUAUAACGAACACUCAAGGGGCUUUAGAAUUUGUUCGUUAUAAGUAACCGAUCGUUGGUCCUAACCGAUCAUAGUCUCUAUGAGUAAUUUUCAAGUUAAAUGAAUUCUAAAGUUUGGAAUAGAUACACGAAAUAAAGUAUUAAUCUAAUUUUAUUACGAAACAAUUUAAUAAUUUAUAAUUUUGUGCCUGUCGGAAUGUUGCUGUAAUGUCGGAAAGGAUUUCUGUUUCUUAGAACGUAACAAAAAUGCACGUGUGCUAACUGAAUCGUAAACUGCUUUCUUUUGUCUAAAUACAGUGUGUUUAACACAAUUUUACGACUCUUGCGUCUAAUAAUGUACGCACCCAAAUCUAAAGUCCAUCUGGUAUUAAAACCAACUGUCAAAUUGUUUCAACGUUGGCAACUCCAUUUAAAAUUGGUCGUCCAGGCUUCGUUUCUAUAGCAAUAUCGCAGGGUUCCAACAUAAUUUCAAAAUUUUUGACAUUGACAAUUGAUUUAAAAAAAGAAUGAGGUAUACAAACGUCACAAAACAGUAGAUACAAACAAUACACAUGGAAUUAUUUAAUUUUUGGAAACGUAUGACGUCUUCAUAAGUAAGAUUUUGAUUUGAUGAACCUGGCAACGGUUCUCUUCUGGUGUAAGUUUUGAUAUUUUAAUGAUUGACGAGAAUAAUUAUUUUAACGUAAAAAAUAAUUGAAUAAAGGCAAGCUACAGAGGCAAAAAUUCAGUGUAGUCGAUUUCCGUGCAAUGAAGUGUACAGGGUGCUGCAUUUUGGAUAUCCGAAUAGGGAAUCUCCGAAACUAAGAAGUUAAAAGAAAAACGAGUGACACAUUCUCCGUUUUUUGAGAAAAUAAUUUUGAUCAAAACCCCGUCCUGCAAUCGUCUUUUGUUCUCGAAUUAUAAACGAAAGUUGAAUAUUAGCAAAAUAUAAAAAAUUAAUAUCUUCCAUAUUAUAAAAGGUACACAUUUGAAACAAAAACAUUACGGAGAAUUUAAUAAUGCUAUCAGCAAUUUUUUUUAAUCAUGCGUUUAGCUGUAAUAACUAAUAACAUAAAGUUGUAUUAUUUUAAAUAGGAAUCAUAGUUGUUUAUGACAUUUUCGAAAAGUUUACUUUUUUUGAUUUAAUAUUCCUAUUUGUGUAAUACAUUAUUUUAAAUAAUUAAGGUAAAACAUAACAUUUUUUUCUUUUUAGUAGGCCUUGAAAAAAUAUUGGGUUUUUAAUUAAAACUGAAAAAUGUGUUACCCAACAAGUAUUUUUAAAUUUCAUGAUUUUUUUAAACACUAAUGAAUUCAAAAACAGCAUAAUAUAUUAAUUAAUAAAAAUUAUUUGUUUUUAGAUUUAAAAUGGCAAGGUUACAUUGUCAUUCUAUUUUCUAAUUAAAAAUGAAAUGCCGGACAAAGAAAAAUUCUAUUAAUUGUAUGAUUGCCUGUUAAUAAUUUUUUUUACAAAAUCCAAACACCAAAAUCAAAUCUUUCUGCGGUCACAAAAUACAUAUCAUUAUCAACGUCGCCUCCAUUGCACUUCACUAAAUCAUAAAACAGUGUCAUCAAAUGUCAUCAUUUUUAAUUUUCUGCACAUUUUUUAUGUAAUUAAAAUUUGUGACGAUCGUAUAUUUGUUUAAUUGAAAAUAACUUUGACUUAGCUUAUUUUUGUAAUUUCACAAUUGUUACUUUAACCGUUCACAAAAUUUCAAGUUUAUUCUCACCUUUUAUGUGAAAUAAUUUUUUCAUAGUCAACUACUUUCAAAUAUUUUAAAUACAUUUUUUUAUUAAAAGCAUAAAAAUAUCAAACUGUAUUUAUAUUCCUAUUGAAGAAAAUAAAACUUUAUGUUAUUACAGCUAAACUAAAGGUUAAAAAAAUCGCUGAUAACAUAAUUAAAUAUCCGUAAAAAAGUGUUUCUAUAAUGUCUGUAUUCAAAUGUUUCAAAUGUGUAUCUUUUAUAUUAAGAAAGAUAUGAUUUUUUUAAGUUUCCGCUAAAAUGUCAACUUUUGUUUAUAAGUUGAAAACAAAAGACGAUAGCGGGAAGCGGUUUUGACCAAAAUUAUGUUCUCAAAAAAACGGACCAGAGAAUGUGUCACACUUGUUUCUAUCGAAACCUCUUAGUUUCGGAGAUUUCCUAUUCGGACAUCCAAAAUGCAGCACCCUGUACAUCUGCAAUUUUUAGAAAAGUUGAACCUGUCGCUGCUUGGCCGCUUUUAGCUUUUUGUGAAUUUUAGGUACUGUUUCAAGCAACUAAGCAGUAUCCAAGCAACCAUACUUUUCUUUUUAAAUCAAAAACGCACAGCAAUAUUUGAUCUAAUUUUCAAUGAUUUUUAUUUCGAAAACGAAAAGACUCGGCCUGCGCCUCGCCAAAUAAUAUUCAUUCUCAUAAAAAAAGUCUUAGUUCACGGCCUUUUAACAUAAAUAACUAUUUUGGUACACGCUCCCUAAGAUGGUUACUUUGGAAACUGCUUUGACUCCGCAAAAUGCACAAGUACUUAAAGUCGUCAUAGCAACAUUAUGCGGACUCUAAUUUAUUUAUUAUUCGACAAAACAAUAAUUAUUGUUUCAAUAAAUUAGUCGUUGCUAUGACUAUCGGUCGACUGCACUUGAGGGUGAAUUGGAAAUGUAAAGAAUUUUACAAUUUUGUUCUUUUAAAGAGCUGGUACCAAAAAAGUUUGUAUGCAAUACUUUCGCAAAAUAGUUUUAACGGACUCAUCUCAUUAUUCGUCGAUUCGUCCGCUAAAAGUCCAUUUUACGGAUUUGCUACGUAAAUAACUAUUAUCUCAAAACUCGAAUCCGAGACUAAUAACCACUGGUAACUGACGUAUGGGGUUUCACAAACCCCAGCCAAAUUAAACGUGUCACAAAACUAAAUGCAACAUAAUGUCAUCAUGUUAGCGAUGUAUGUAUACUUAAAGAAACGAUUAUUUCAGAAAGUUAUCGAAAAGGGUAGUCACGUAAAAAUACAGAUUUCGAAAAUACCACAUUUUAAAAUCGCUUGGGGUUUGUCCAUAGGGUUUGUCACACCCCACAGGGGAGCUUUCAAGCCUAGAAAAGUACACUCACAGAACCGGACGUUACCCGAAACGUAAAACGACAGAACCGUAAAUUAUAAAAACGCACUUCAAAAUAAAAAUAAAUGUACAGAAACGUAAUCACUAGAAACGCACAUUGACAUAAUAUGGUCAAGACAGAAUGUGUCUGUGACAGAAUCGUUAUUGCACAGAACCGUAAGCGACAGAAUAGUAACCGACAGAAAAAUACAAAAAUGUAUCAGCAGUUGGCUUAAUCUUAAUUGCAGUUUUGUAGAUUCACCGCCGUAUUUCAUGAUUUUUUUUUUCAGUGGAAAAAUUGUAACCUCAAAUUCACACACAAUAAUUUACUGUUUUUUUUUGAACCCAGCAUCGGCUGUGACCUGAUACUUAUGGGCUGUAGUUAGUUACGCAAUUGUUUUAUUAACACUUUGUUAUCAGAAAAUCAAAAACAAAAUCUUUAUCACUUUUUAUCCACUUUCAAAGUCCAACAAAAAACACUUUAUAAUCAUGAAAAACCGAAAAACCGCACAACCAAAAGCAACAGUAGUGUUUACCACCACAUACUUUUAAACUGACUCUCUCUAAUGUAAGGAAUUAACAGGAUACAUGCAGAAUUGCUAAAUAAUUCAUUAAAUGAGGAAUUACGAAAAUUUCGUUACUGCUUUCGGCAAGUACGAAGUGUCGUCACCAAAGGGCGUCCAGUUAAUUUUAUUCUUAAAAGAAAAUUUUUAGAAGUCCGGACUUGUUCUUUUUUCUAGGCGUUUUUUAAGUUGCUAAUGGGAACAAUUAUUCGGCAAUUAUGUCUUGUGUGACGAUCGUCAAAAGUCUCUUUUCCAUACAGUUUAUUGCACACGAAAUCAUAAAAAAAGUUUCGCCUUCUUAAAUUAAAUUUGGGUGCUAUUUCUUAAAUCAGUUUGCGGAAUCCUAUUCCUUCUACGAAAUUAAAUGGUAAAUUAAAUUAGUUAUCUCUUCGCUAAGUUUAAACAUUAAUUAAUUAAAUAUAAAACAUGUAAAUUUCAUCAACAUGUCAUUUCAUUAUUGAAAUAACUCAUAAGAUAAAGCACUGUUUAGUGCACGAGGGCCGUAAGCAUUUUACUGAUGCUGUAGUUUAUUUCAGUUUUAUAAUAACACACGAUUCGAGUUUUUGAGGACAGUUGACUUAGAAGCGAUGAUUUUCUUUCAAAAAUAUAAUUCUUUACUUUUUUUGUAUCUUUAAAAUUUGUAUUUUUUUCUCAUGUUUGUUGUGGGAAUUUUAGUUGUCAAUUGUUUUCAGCUUAUUAGUAAGACUUUACAAAAUACCAAAGGUCCUUUUAACUCUUAUUUAUUAUUAUGUUACAGCUGUUACGGUCGUUACACCAUCAUCAGACCUACAAAAAAUUCGUUACGUACUGUAAAAUUAUUAACAAUUAAAAACGGCCGAAACAGCUGUAAAAUAAUUAAUAAUAAAUACAAAUUAAAAGGCCCUUUGGUGUUUUAUUAAGUAAUUAAUUAACUCUUACAAUGGAGAAAAUAAACUUCUACUAUUAAUAAGAAUUUGAUGCUUCUCUUUCCUAUUUUUUUUAAAAAGUUAAAAGUUCUAAAACAUUAAGAGCCGGUUUACAGAAAAUUUUAAUUGCAAUUAAAUUUUAAUCGCGAUUAACUUGACAUUUGUCAAUGCAUAUUAAAUGGCAACUGAAUUCGAAUUAGUUUAAUUUCAAAUUAAAUCUUAAUUUCGCUUUCUGUAAACCGACCCUAAGAGCCGGUUUACAGAAAAUUUUAAUUGCAAUUAAAUUUUAAUCGCGAUUAACUUGACAUUUGUCAAUGCAUUUUAAAUGGCAACUUAAUUCGAAUUAGUUUAAUUUCGAAUUAAAUCUUAAUUUCGCUUUCUGUAAACCGACCCUUAGAGCCGGUUUACAGAACAUCUUAAUUGCAAUAAUAUUUUAAUCGCAAUUAACUUGACAUUUGUCAAUGCAUUAUAAAUGGCAACUUAAUUCAAAUUAGUUUAAUUCUGAAUUAAAUCUUAAUUUAGCUCACAGGACCGGUUUACAGAACAUUUUAAUCGCAAUUAAAAUUUAAUCGACAUUAAUUUGAGAUUUGUCAAUGCAUUUUAAAUGGCAACUUAAUUCGAAUUAGUUUAAUCUUGAAUUAAAUAUUAAUUUUGCUUUCUGUAAACCGACUCUUAGGUCCAGUUUAUAGAAAGCUUCAUCAAAUUUUAAUGCGUUGUUAAAAGUUAACAACGCGAAUAGACCAAUCAAAUUGGCUCAGUUUCGUCACGUGAUCCGUUAAUCACACAUUUAAUUGCGAAUUAAAUUAAUGACGCUUCUAUAAACCGGUCCUUAGUGAACUACUCGUACUAGUCUAUUUUAAAUUUGGAGCCAAGACGGUUUAACUUUCGAAGCGCCUUCAUUUUUAUUAGCGACACAAAUUUUUUUAAUGCAAAAGAUGGAAUUAUUUUGUAUCUCGAUUCGCAUGCUACAGACUGAUCCAGAAAUACUGGAGUCUGUUGGCAACACUGGAUGUGAAUUUAAAAAAAUACCAAUGGAGUACGCUUCCAGUUAACAACAAUUUAAUAGUGUUGUGGGGUCCGAGUUCUAGAUAAUUUUUAAAGUAAAAUCGAACAGAUGAGAUAUGGCGUGAAUUUUCUAGUCAAAUAUGAGUAACUAGUAGUAGUAACAAAAGUUGAUAGUAACAUACCAAUGGCAAAAUGGCAUUUACGUUCAGGUCAAGGUGUUUUCAUGAGUUGGAUCCGUAUUCAAAUCGAUUUGAAUCCUCAUGAAAACAUACUAAGUAGUCUAAAGCCCUAUUCGAACUAUCGAAAAAUAUAAAAAUCUGACAUGCUCAUGGGUCAUGUUAGGACAUUUUCCGAUUUUUUUGAAAGUAAUUAAAAAUUCAAACGGAUCGUUAAAAAAUAAUCAGCAAAGUUUUUACUUCGUAAUUUCCUUUUAACUAAAAAACGAGCCCUUAUCAUUAUCAUUUGUAUAUACAGUGCUUCGUACUUAUAUCAAGCACAUAUUGAAAAAGCUAGACCUUGUUUACGAUCUUAUCGCGCAAAGCCUAAUAAUUCCGGUAUACUCUAUAUGGUUUAAUGUAAAAAAAGAUAGUCAAAAACUCAAUUUUCGAAACUGAAUAUCUCUGAAACUGGACGCUCGAUCUCUCUUGUUUUUAAUUAUUCGAUACGUAAUUUCUUAAAUGAAAAUCUGUCUUUGCUUCGAAAUUUUUGGAUCGAUAACACCAUCGUCAACAACUGCAAUUUCAUGGUUCUUAAAGUAUUACGAUCUGUUAUCUACAAGCAGAAUCUUUAUGGUUGUUAAUUUUAUUACAUUACAGUUGUCUAACAAUAGUUUAUCAACGUUCUAUAUACAGAAAAAGUUGAACGUUGAUGACUUUCUAUUCCGUACUAAUUUAUAUUGUCAGACAGCUGCUUUUCAUUUAAUGGGACAUUAUAUUGUUUAUACUCAGCAGCUUUGUGCGAUUAAAUUGAAGCAGAAUCGUUACCAACAAAUAAAAAAGUGAAAUUGUACUGUGGUAUAUUGAACAAUGUAACAAAGAAGACUUGGUUCAUAGUGAUUUUUAAUAUUAGUUUUUAAAAUUUAUAUUGUAAUUUACAACAUAGUGAGGACUAUUUUACUUAAUGCUUGUACAUGUGAAUAAGAAUACUCUGGUUCGUCACCGAUUUACAUUUUUUUAAUUGUAUAAAUUAUUUUAGUCUGUUACAUAUCAUACACUUCAUUUUAUAAUAUAAUAUACUUUAUUUUUGUUUAUUUAUUUAUUAUUGUGCCGCUCCGACGUUUGUUUUUAUUUAUUAUUAGAAGUCUUCCAGCGUUUUGAUAAAGAAAAAAAAUUGAGAAAUAAAUUUGUAGCUUGGUGUCCUUUUUCAGUGUACUCUAGAUCAAAAAAAAUGGUCCCUCAAAUGACCGGUUUUUUCGAUCAUACGGUAUUUUUACUUUCUCACAAACUGAAAUGUACUACCUCAGGUAUAUUCGAGUAUACUUUUCGAUUUUUGCUAAGGUUUUAUAAGCGUCUCUAGUGCAAUAAAUUGUUUUUGUCGCAUAACGCCACUGGAAAAACAAACAAAUUUUGUGUGAUUUCUUAAAUUUGUAGCAUAAUGCUUUUUAAAAAUAGUGUUAUUGUUAGAUUCUAGAGAAAUGUGUAAAGUGAUUUUUUCCCAUGUGUUAUUACUACAUGCUGGAACUGAGGAAUACACGUCUCAAAAAAAUCAGUGAUGGGAUAGAAACAGAUAUUUACUUGUUUUUCCCAGACCCUCCAUGUAGUCCAUUUUCUUGUACAGUUUUUAUAGCAUUGCCCUUCAUUUUCUCAAACCCUGUAAAUAAUCUGCGAUAAUUUGAAAUAAAAACAGUACUUGUUUUA